AUGGCUAUCUUCAUGUACAACUCGCGACUGCAUGAGGGCUUAUGUAUGGCUACCAUUCAAUUGGGAUCUCGACGAGCGAAAACUCUGCACGUCUCGCUUCACGCGCAAGACCAACUCCCGGCAAAGUUGUACUCUGCGAGCAGGUUCACCGAUCAGAUGCCUCACUGGAGGAACAUGCCCCUAAAUGGUGCAUUAUCUUCAGGCGUGCCACAGCAUGUGGAUUCGACCUCUGCAGCGUACUCCCAUGGCAUGACAUGCCUCCAAGAACAAGCUGCUAGCCAGCGACGUCUCCACAAGUCGAAACAAACACGGCAGCUGAGUCCCCCCCACCAACCAGGAAAAAAAGAUCUUCCAAAUUCUCCUACAGUGCAAACCCACCUAAAGCACCAAAGCACUCAACAUGCAACGACUAGAGCUCCGCCUCUGGAACUAAAAGCCCAUAAACCGUUGACCAACACCACCCCACACGCCAAGUUUUCCGAUCCAAAACGAUCUGCGCCUCUAAUACGAGCGAGCGCGAGAUCCGAACCGGACAUCUUGCCGAAGUGCACAUCUGUCAACUUCCAGACCCGACUUUUCCAUGUCGCCCUUCCCGAAAAAGUUGCAUUCUAA